AUGCAGAUCUUCGUCAAGACCCUUACCGGCAAGACCAUCACCCUUGAGGUUGAGUCCUCGGACACUAUCGACAACGUCAAGUCAAAGAUCCAGGACAAGGAGGGUAUCCCCCCGGAUCAACAGCGAUUGAUUUUCGCUGGAAAGCAACUUGAGGACGGUCGCACUCUCUCCGACUACAACAUCCAGAAGGAGAGCACCCUUCAUCUCGUCCUCCGUCUGCGUGGUGGCAUGCAGAUCUUCGUCAAGACUCUAACCGGAAAGACCAUCACCCUUGAGGUCGAGUCCUCGGACACCAUCGACAACGUCAAGUCGAAAAUUCAAGACAAGGAGGGUAUCCCUCCUGACCAGCAACGUCUUAUCUUUGCUGGUAAGCAACUUGAGGACGGCCGCACUCUCUCCGACUACAACAUCCAAAAGGAGUCCACCCUCCAUUUGGUCCUCCGUCUCCGUGGUGGUAUGCAGAUCUUUGUCAAGACCCUCACGGGAAAGACCAUCACACUUGAGGUUGAGUCGUCCGACACUAUCGACAAUGUGAAAUCCAAGAUCCAGGACAAGGAGGGCAUUCCCCCGGAUCAACAACGACUUAUCUUUGCGGGUAAGCAGUUGGAGGACGGCCGAACCCUGAGCGAUUACAACAUUCAGAAGGAAUCGACUCUACACCUGGUCCUUCGUCUACGUGGUGGUAUGCAAAUCUUCGUCAAGACCUUGACGGGAAAGACGAUUACGCUCGAAGUUGAAUCAUCAGACACCAUCGACAAUGUGAAGAGCAAGAUCCAAGACAAGGAGGGUAUUCCUCCAGACCAACAACGUCUUAUCUUCGCAGGCAAGCAACUGGAGGAUGGCCGUACCCUGAGCGACUACAACAUCCAGAAGGAGUCCACCCUCCACUUGGUCCUCCGUCUCCGUGGUGGACAGUAA